AUGUGGCAGCAGCAGCAGCUGCAGCGCUCCUGCCAGCGUUCCUGUCAGCGAGCCAGCCAGCCAGCCAGCCAGCAGCAACAGCAGCAGCAGCAGUCCAGCCAGCCAGCAGCAGUAGCAGCAGCGGCAGUGUCGGUCCAGCCCACGGCAGCAGCAGUAGCUGCAGCGUUAGUGCCAGCGUUCCUGCCAGCCAGCCAGCCAGCCAGCCAGCCAGCCAGCCAGCAGCAGCGGCAGCGGCAGUGUCGGUCCAGCCCGGGGCAGCAGAAGCAGCGCUCCUGCCAGCAUUCCUGCCGCCAGCCAGCCAGCCAGCCAGCAGCAGCAGCAGUGGCAGUGUCGGUCCAGCCUGCGGCAGCAGCAGCAGCUGCAGCAUUCCUGCCAGCCAGCCAGCCAGCAGCAGCAGCGGCAUCAGUGGCGGUCCAGCCCGCAGCAACAGCAGCAGCUGCAUCGUUCCUGCCAGCGUGCCUGCCAGCCAGCCAACCAGCCAGCCAUCCAGCAGCAGCAGCGGCAGUGUCGGUCCAGCCUUUGGCAGCAGCAAUACCUGCAGCGUUCCUGCCAGCCAGCCAGCAGCAGCAGCGGUGGCAGUGUCGGUCCAGCCUGCAGCAGCAGCAGCAGCAUCACCGUUCCUGCAAGCGUUCCUGCCAGCCAGCCAACCAGCCAGCUAGCCAGCAGCAGCGUCAGUGCCGGUCUAGCCUGUGGCAGCAACAGCAGCUGCAGCGCUCCUGCCAGCGUUCCUGUCAGUGUGCCAGCCAGCCAGCCAGCCAGCAGCAGCAGCAGUGGCGACAGUGUCGGUCCUGCCUACGGUGGCAGCAGCAGCUGCAACGUUCCUGCCAGCAUUCCUGCCAUCCAGCCAGCCAGCAGCAGCAGACCAGCUGCAGUGUCAGUCUUGCCUGUGGCAGCAGCAGCAGGCACAACGUUCCUGCCAGUGUCCUGCCAGCCAGCCACCCAUCCAGCAGCAGCAGCAGCUGCAGUGUCAGCCCAGCCUGCGGCAGCAGCUACAGCUGCAGAGUUCCUGCCAGCAUUCCUGCCAGCCAGCUAGCCAGCAGCAGCAGCAGCAGCUGCAGUGUCGGUCCAGCCCACGGCAGCUGCAGCAGCUGCAGCAUUCCUGCCAGUGUUCCUGCCAGCCAGCCACACAGCCAGCAGCAGCAGCAGCUGCAGUGUCGGUCCAGCCCAUGCCAGCAGCAGCAGCUGCAGCGUUCCUGCCAGCGUUCCUGUCAGCCAGCUACCCAGCCAGCAGCAGCAGCAGCGGCAGUGUUGGUCCACCCGGCAGCAGUAGCAGCAGCUGCAGCGUUCCUGCCAGCGUUCCUGCCAGCCAGCCAGGCAGCAGCAGCAGCAGCGGCGCUGUCAGUCCAACCCGCAGAAGCAGCAGCAGCUGCAGUGUUCCUGCCUGCGUUUUUGCCAGCCAGCCAGCAGCAGCAGCAGUAG